ACAGUCUCGCUCACUGUUGAUGGACUCGUUUUGGCAGUGUUAUACUAGGUUGAGUGUAGUACUAGGCGGUACUGUAGCUACGGAUUGAGUUAUAGCAAAUAACGGAGAAGUUUCGAAAACGUCUCGUUGUUUCAAGGCGAAAAGGAUGGAAGUGGUUACGUUUUUCGUCAUGAUUUCGAUUGUUCCCGUAGUUUAUUCCUGUGAUCCAGAAACACAGUAUGAGAAAGAUAACACAUGUUGUAAGAUGUGUAUGCCAGGGACAAGGAUGACAUUAAACGAAAGAAGUUGUCUUGAACCAACUUGCCUUUCCUGCGAAGAAGGUGAAUACCAGCCAGUAUUCACACAGAAGACUAAAUGCGAACUACAACCAUUCUGUGAUCAAAAUAAAAAUUUUCAGGUCAUAGCCAAUAGGAACAAGACUAUCCGGAUUGAAUGCAGAUGCAAGGCAGGACACUACUGCUCCACUAAAGAGUGCCUGACAUGUGUACCACACACACAAUGUGGACCUGGGCAGGACGUAGUCUCCAGAGGUGACCACAUCCAAGAUACAGUGUGUCGGGCCUGUCCUGCAAAUACCUUCUCCAGUGGCAGCUCUGCAGAGAGUAAGUGCAAGCCAUGGACAAAAUGUGAGCCUGCAUUAAUCACAAAAACGGAUGGAACAGCAAUCUCAGACGUGGUAUGUGAGCAAGCACCCAUUUCCUCUGGAGUCAUAGUAGGAGCUGUAAUUGCUGUUAUUAUUCCAUUGGUCCUAUUCAUCAUUUGGAAAUAUAAAGGUAGACUUGGAGAUGCCUUCCAUAAAGCAAUGGGAUGCUGUAUGGUCUGUCUUCGUUCUAACUGCUUGCCUGGACAACCAGAACACAAAGAAGGAAAAGUAUUUGAAAAGCAAUUGGAACAAAAUGAAGCUUUGAUCCAAGUUGGAGAGCUACAACCACAACACCCAUGUCCUCAAACCCCAGUUGAGGAUGAUGUUAAUGAUUCCCAAGCUGAGUCCUACACUGUGGCUCAAGACAUGACAGAGAAUGGACAUGUGGUGGCACAGGAGGAGGGUAAAGCUCACCAUACCUCGGUCUGCGAUUCACAAAUGUCAGUUGUCAUCUCUUUAUAAGCUAUAUCACUACCUGGAAUCACCUGUUGUCUGACAUGACUGUUUUAAGUUACAAACUGGGACAAUGGCCCUUGAAGAGCUGCCGGAGUUCAUUCGAUUUAUGUGGAGUUUGUCCCCACGGCAAUAGAAGACAUGUUGCUGGUUUGUUUUUGUACAUCUUUAACUGUCCUAAAAUGUAUUGAUUUGUUGCUGUGUCAUGUUUGCAUGUUUCUUUUGUUUUAAUUCUUGUAACUGAACUUUGGUUUUUGCAUUAAACAUGAUAUCAUAA